GCAGAAGAGGUUGAAGAAGCCACUGAGACGACCAAGCGGGACCGGUCCCACUUGGAGAGCACCCUUAAGCUGAAUGAGGACAAACCUGCUGAUGAUUUCUCAGGGAUACUGCAGCGGCUGAGGAAGAUCUACCACUCCUCCAUCAAGCCCCUGGAGCAGUCCUACAGAUACAACGAGCUGAGGCAGCAUGAGAUCACAGAUGGGGAGAUCACUUCCAAGCCUAUGGUGCUAUUCCUGGGACCGUGGAGCGUCGGCAAAUCCUCCAUGAUAAACUACCUCCUAGGGCUGGAUGACACUCCCUACCAGCUCUACACAGGGGCAGAACCCACCACCUCUGAAUUCACUGUCAUCAUGCAUGGCCCGAAGCUGAAGACCAUCGAGGGCAUCGUGAUGGCUGCUGACAGCGCACGCUCCUUCUCGCCCCUGGAAAAGUUUGGGCAGAACUUCUUGGAGAAGCUGAUAGGGAUUGAGGUGCCUCACAAACUCCUGGAGCGAGUCACCUUUGUGGACACUCCAGGCAUCAUUGAAAACCGCAAGCAGCAAGAACGAGGUUACCCAUUCAAUGAUGUGUGCCAGUGGUUCAUUGACAGAGCUGACCUUAUCUUCGUUGUCUUUGACCCCACAAAGCUGGAUGUGGGCUUGGAGCUGGAGAUGCUGUUUCGCCAGCUGAAGGGCCGUGAGUCUCAGAUCAGAAUCAUUUUGAACAAAGCCGACAGCCUGGCCACCCAGGAGCUUAUGAGAGUCUACGGUGCCUUAUUCUGGAGCUUGGCUCCUCUGAUCAAUGUCACGGAGCCACCCAGGGUGUACGUGAGUUCCUUCUGGCCCCAGGAGUAUCAGCCGGAAACCCACCAAGACCUGUUCCUCAAAGAAGAGAUAUCACUCCUGGAAGAUCUCAACCAGGUGAUUGAGAACAGGAUGGAGAAUAAGAUUGCCUUCAUACGCCAACACGCCAUCCGGGUGCGCAUCCACGCCCUUUUAGUUGAUCGCUAUCUACAAACCUACAAGGACAAAAUGACCUUCUUUAGCGAUGGAGAACUGGUGUUCAGAGACAUUGUGGAAGAUCCUGACAAGUUCUUUAUCUUUAAGUCCAUUCUGGCAAAGACCAAUGUCAGCAAAUUUGACCUCCCCAACCGUGAGGCUUACAAGGACUUCUUUGGCAUCAAUCCCAUCACUAGCUUUAAGCUGCUGUCUCAGCAGUGUUCCUACAUGGGAGGGUGUUUCCUAGAGAAGAUCGAAAAGGCCAUCACGCGUGAGCUUCCUGAUCUCUUGGGAAGCAUCGGCUUGGGGAAGAAGCCCAGCAUUCUCUCCUGCGACAUUACUGGCUGUGGCGAAACCCCAAAGAAUCGCUACAGGAAACCGUAGUGUGUUCUGUAAUAUAACCAUUCAUGUGUUCCUACUGGUGAAUGAGCUUAUGUCUUAUCUGUCCAAGAAGCCAUGGCUUAUUAACCCUUUGAGUGCCACACUGGCAAAGGCUACUGUACAAUGAGGACUUUGAGUCAUUGACAUCAAUGGCAGGGGAAGGUGGGUGGGCGUAAGAAAGAGAAUAAAAACUGUGAAUUCCUGACACUUUAUCUUUGUUCUUUCAAAUAGAAGGCAAUGUUUGAGCUGUAAGUAUGAGCUAGAACUGUAGCUGCUUUUUCACUGGUACCAAGAUUCACAUGUGAGAACAAGAAUUUCAACCUCUGCAUCAUUAAGCCAGCAGGGAGCAAGAAUGAGGGCACAGCGUGAGGGCACAGAGGAGAGUGGUGACACAGUAACCUGGGAUCCACCAGCAGCCCCAGGGGGCAAAGCUCUGGGCAGGGUAGGAGAGGCCAGGUCCCAGCUGCUGUUUUCAGGCACAAAAAUCCUACAAAUCUUUACAAAUAUUGAUCUUGUUUUCCUUUCCAAGACUUUUAGGUCACCCCGUGGAGUUCUCCUUUCACAAAACAGCUGAGCUUAAUUCUGCAGCCUUUACCUAGGUGUUAGCCUUCUCCUGCAUUAGGAAAGGAUUCAGUCCCCCAGCUGACUGUUUGCAGGGGCAUUUGUAGCUCCAGACAGAUAGCCAUGGUGGGAUUUGCACGUCCAUGCCAGAGUAAGCAGUGGGCUGGAAGCAAGCCAUCAGAACUGGCUGAGUUCUGCUUGAGGAGCAAGAGAAGCACCCAAAGUCACAAAGUCCUGCAAAGAGCCAUGAGCAGGUCCCCUCUCUCUGGGCUGGCACAGAGACAGGGUGUUUAGUGUCCGCAUGUGCCAUUAACCUUAAAAAUCCCAUGCUGGCAAGUCAAGCCUGAGUAUCAGUAGGGCUCAGAGGGUUAAUUGUUUGGCAGUUUGACCUUGUUUAAGUCAGUGUUGCAUGCUUUCUCCAAAUCAGAUCCCUGAGUUUUUUUUGCCGUUUGCAGGGAGACGGGAAUGCCAUUUUACAAGCCACAUCCUUCUUCCCCUCUGCUAAUCUGUUCUCCUUAGGAUAUUACAGGAAGAUUUCUGUGGAUUGUUCUCUGUACUUCACCCAUUUUUAGCCGUGAAGCUGUUGGCUCAUCUCUGCACAUCAGCACUCAGUCCUGUGAGCUACAGGUGAAUGACUUGCUUCAAAAGCACCAGACCAGGGUCGGGUUCCCCAUGGACAGCCAACCUUGAAACCUGGCAGCGAAAGCCAGGCGAUUGCGGGU